CCUCGACCGCCUGCCGCCGCGCACCUCGACCGCCUGCCGCCGCCGCCACCACCGCCAUCCCGGCGCUUCCCACCUUCGGCCUUUGCCACGACGCUCCGUCUCCGGCCGUCUGCCCUGACUCCCAGGCAGCCAUAGUCCGAGCUCAUCUACCCUGAUUCCCUGACAUCGACCGCCGAGCUUCUUUCCCAUCAAUUCCCAGGGCUAGGCCAUUCGCCGCCUUCCACGAUCCAUAUCUUCAUCGGCACCCUUUCACUCUUCCGUCAUGGCAAUGCAAGACCAUCCUUCUCCGUGUGGCCGCCACCCCCAAAUCCUCUUGGAUAAAAAAUGUUUAGUGGGCCAGUUGAAAAAUUCCACUACCGCAAAAUCCAAGAAUAGCAAAGGGGUUCACUUGGAGGUUUCUUUUGAAGCAGUUGACCCUCCAGCCAUCUCACUGUGCCUGGUCAGCUGCGUUGAUCAGACCGGGGAUCGCUUGGCAGCACAGCCUCGUAUACUUGGUGUAACUGGAGGCUUUGUACUGCUGGCUAUCACCUUCUCUGACAGUGUCAACCGUUACUUGUGGUUCAUCGACUAUUUUGUUUACAAAGCAGGGCCCGAUUUUGCCUCUCUUCAUCUUCUUGCAAGGCCAUAUCCAUCUUCUUUUUCGCAAAACAUGGCUGCCAUCUUGCCCGUUAGUGAUAACAGUGAAGACUUUGCUGCCAUUUUCCCACAUGUUGAAUAUUUCAGACUUGAGUCUCGCAAACAUUACACACUCCACAUAUAUCGAUCCGACACGAAUGAUUGGCACUCUCAGGUCGCUUGUAUUGCUGAGGAUAAUGAGACAAGGAAUGCUAGGGAUAAGCUAUUGCUUCAUAAUGCCAUGAGCGUGGCAUAUGCAGAAAAGGGUAUCAUAGGUUGGAUUGAUCUCUGGUGGGGAAUUCUCUUAUGCAAUGUUUUGGAUAAAAAGCCUACCAUCCGUUUUGUUCCGUUGCCAGUUCCGGAACCGUGUGAUACGUCUGAGUUCCAUUUGAUGUUCGAGAAUCUCACUCCAAGACCACACCGUCAUGUGACGAUAUUCAGUGAUUUGAUCAAGUGUGUUGAGUUAGAUUUUCAUGUGCAAGAUGCUUUCUGCAACAUGAAGCGAACAAAGGAUUAUGGCUGGAUGGCUAAAACAUGGACUAGAUCAAUUUAUUCAGAUGUUUGGUGUGAUGGCUUGACGAUUGAUAUGUCUGAGAUAUCUUUCACCGACUCAAGUUUGCCGAAUUUGUUGCCUGGGAUGUUUGAUGAGGAAAACAAUUUGACUUGGAAGAAAUUGACUAGUGCUGGUCCUACAUUAAGCUUGCUUGAUGACAAUGUUAUUUACAUUAUGGCGAAGGAGAGCAUGUGCCAUCCGACAGCAUAUGUACUUACUGUGGACACCAAAAGUUUGAAGCUCGAGUCUGGUGCGCAGUGUGCUCCUCAAAAGACGGCGUGGUUCGAACCAACAUAUGAACCAUGUGUUCUUUUUAGCUCUUUUGGCACGACUUCAGAGUUGGUUAAAGAAUUUGAAACCAAAGGGACAGUAUUUGAAAUCAAGGAAGGGCCGGUGCUCUCGGUGGUGUCGAGGCGUCUCCGUGUGCUGCGGAGGAAGCAGAAUCGCAUCGCGCAGAUGGAGGAGUCCGUCGCUGCCGGCAAGAUGCUUUACCAGGAGCAGAAGGAGCUCAUGCACUCCAAGCCCGUCAUCGCCGCGCUCAUUGACGAGCUUGAGCGCCUCCGCGUACCACUCUCCACCGCUCUCACCAAGGAGCUCACCACCGUCUCUGCACCUGCUGCCGGUUCCUCAUCCUUUGGCUCCGAUUUGUCCAUCCAGGACCUCCUCGCGCUCAUCUACUUCGGCUCCCUUUUUCAUGUCAAGUCACCAAACGAGUUCAUCGCCACCAUGGUUGCGCGCAAGCACGAACGGAGCAGCUGCAUCACCCACGGCUAUGUAUGGGAUGAUACCGUGGACCUGCUCGUGGAGAACGACCUUGACGCAGUGUCCGCUGUGGCGGCCCUUGCCGCGGCUUGCCCUUCUUCCGCAGAUGGUGUCUCCCACCACGACGCACUCCAGGCCUGUGCCCAUCAUGCCCGCCUAUGGCUAACCCGUGCUGAUGCGCCGAUCCACCCUGGCUCCUCUGUUACAUAUGCUGCGGUGAGGUCCAAGUUAGACAGGAUCAUGGCAUCAGACUACUACACAGCACCUGCAGUUGCUGGGAACCAUGGAGCUGAAGGUCUGCAGGCACAGAUGAGCAUGACCGACUCACCAGAGGCACCAUCACUCAAGGAGAUCCUAGCUGCUGAAAAUCACAAGGAGGACGAGGAAGAUUCCUCGCAUGCCACAGAAAUCGACAAUGAUCAUCAGUCUAAUGCAGCCGAUGUGCAAAAUGUGGAUGGUAAAACCCUGGUGAACCCUCGUGUGGAAUAUCGCGUGGCUGGGGCAGAGCAGGAGAAAUUUGAUGUGAAAGAACAAGAUCAGAUGUAUGCCGAGCCAAAAAAGCGACAGUUUCAGCACCCUCGGCAAUCUUGUCAGAACCAGCGAGGUGGUGAUCGUGGCAGGAGGGGGGCCUACCCUAAUGGCCGCAGCGGGCAUGGAGGCGGCCGUGGCAUGGGCAGCAGAUACGAGAAUGGGCGUGGAGGUGGUGGUGGUGGCGGCCGUGGCAUGGGCUGUGGAUACGAGAAUGGGCGUGGAGGUGGUGGUGGUGGAUACCAAGGAGGCGGCGGUGGUGGCUGUGGCAUGGGCAGCGGAUACGAAAAUGGGUGUGGAGGUGGUGGUGGAUACCAGAAUGACCGGGGUUGUGGUGGCGGAUACCAGAAUGGCCGGGAUGGUGGUGGCAGCAGCGGGUACCAGAACAGCCGGGGUGGUGGUGGCGGGUACCAGAAUGGCUGGGGUGGUGGUGGCUGUGGCAUGGGCAGCGGAUACGAAAAUGGGUGUGGAGGUGGUGGUGGAUACCAGAAUGACCGGGGUUGUGGUGGCGGAUACCAGAAUGGCCGGGAUGGUGGUGGCAGCGGCGGGUACCAGAACAGCCGGGGUGGUGGUGGCGGGUACCAGAACAGCCGGGGUGGUGGUGGCGAGUACCAGAAUGGCUGGGGUGGUGGUGGCAGUGGCGGGUACCAGAAUAGCCGGGGUGGUGGUGGUGGCGGCGGGUACUACAACAACGACGAUGGGUGUACUAUCAGUCGAGGAACUUGAACAACAGGGGCAGGGGCGCAGGGAGGUGGCCACGCGGACACUGAGAGGAUUGAGGCAAUGGCAUAUGUGAAAGUCUGGGAGGUCAGGAGAGGGAAGGGGCAAUGUGGGAGUCUGGCUCCAUAAACUAAUAUAAGAGCGUUUAGAUCACUACUUGAGUGAUGUAAACGCUCUUAUAUUAGUUUACAGAGGGAGUAAUCACCUAGCCUGUCGGUAUGUCGCAAUCCAGUCCCUCCCCGUCUGCGAGUUUUUUUGUUGCUCCAAUGAGUGCAUAAUGGUUGGUUGGUAAAUGUGGAAUCUCGUUGAAAGUAGCUUCAGGUCAUACAUGUGUUGCUUCUUUUUCUGGCUGUGUGAGUCGUCAUAUAUUUCCGGUUGGUUUAUUAUUUUUGUUAGAUGUCUUUCUACGUCAUUCCUGUUCAUUUUCCAGUGUUUGUGUUUGUGUUACCCUUGUUUGUUCUGGCCGGUACCGUAGCUC